AUACAAUACAGUCAUUUCAGAUAGUGGCGGAAGGAUUGAAAGGUCGGUGAAUCAAAAUAAUAUAAUUUGGCACAUGAUAUUGAUAUAAUUGCAAGUACAUUGGAAUAAUGAAUGGAAAAAAUGCGUUGCUUGGAAAACAGUAUGAAAAGAUGUAUCUAAACUUUUAAUUCAAAAAUGUUUUGAUCAAAACACCAUGAAAAUUGUGAUGAAAAACAUGAAAUUUUAAGUAAUAUUUCCUGUGAGCAAACUAGCUGACCAAGAUGUUGUGAAGAAAGUUAAAUAAGUGUAAUAAACGCUUUACUCAUCAACAAAAAUUUGCUUUUCUCGUGAUCUGAAUGGUACAGAAAAAAGAAGACCUUUGUAAUUAGUAAUUACAAUGUAAAUAUCUACUAACUCAUGUAAUAUUUCAUUCAUAAAUUUCUGGCAAAAGUUGUAGAUAGUUUUGCCAGCAACCGAUAACGACAAAUUUACUAUAAAACAAGAUUUUAAAAUGCUUUUGUAAGUUUCAUGAAAAUAAAGUAAUAAAGCAACUACAGUAAACCAUUUUCAGAUUAAAGCAAUUUGAGAUGAAAUUUAUGCUCGUUUCUAACAGACAAACUGUAUGUGUGCGAGAUGUGUAGUGAUGCGUCUUCUAUGCAGCAGUAUUUGCAGCCACAUUUACUGAUGUACACGGACGAGAAACCGUAUACUUGUGAUACAUGUUCUAUGACAUUUUUUGGAAUGAGCAAUUUAAGGAAACAUUUAAUAACGCAUACAGGAAUGAAGCCAUAUAGUUGCGAGACGUGCAAUAACGCGUUUGCUCGAAAUUCCGACUUAAAGAGACAUUUACUGAUACAUACGAAAGAGAAACCGUAUCCUUGUGAGAUGUGCAAUAACGCGUUUUCUCGAAUGUCCAGCUUAAAGAGACAUUUACUGAUACAUACGAAAGAGAAACUGUAUAAUUGCGAGAUUUGCAAUAAAACGUUUUCUCUGAGGGGAAGUUUAAAGAAACAUUUACUGAUACAUACCGGAGCGAAACCAUAUGUCUGUAGUAUUUGCAAUAAAGCGUUUUCUCAGAAGGUUCAUUUAGAGAAUCAUUCAGUAACACAUACGGGAGAGAAACCAUACCGAUGCGAUAUAUGCAAUAUGGCGUUUUCUCGAAAGACCAAGUUGAAGAGACAUUUACGGACUCAUACAGGAGAGAAACCAUAUGUCUGUAGUAUUUGCAAUAGCGCGUUUUCUCAGAAGGAUACUUUGAAUACACAUUUGCGAAUACAUACUGGAGGAAAACCGUAUAUUUGUGAUUUAUGCAAUAAAGCGUUUUCUCAAACGGGCAAUUUAACUAAACAUUUACUGACGCAUACGAAAGAAAGAUCUUAUGUUUGUCAUACCUGCAAUCGCUCGUUUACUCGGAAUGAUCAUUUAAAGAGGCAUUUACUGACUCACACGAAGGAGAGACCGUAUAUUUGUGAUAUAAGUUCUAAGACAUUUUCAGAUCGUAGCCAUUUAAGGAAUCAUUUACUCACGCAUACGAAAGAGAAACCCCAUGCUUGUGAUGUAUGAAAUAUCGUGUAUUCUCGAAAGUACGACUUAAAGAAAUAUUUACUGACUCAUGCGAAGAAAAAACAUUGUGUUUGUUAUGACAGUUAUACGUCAUUUUCUGAUCAAACAACUUUAAAGAGAAAUUUACUACAAAAUAGAAAAAAACAACAAAUGAUUCACUUGGUAGAGAAAACUCAUGCCUGAACCGGAACAAAAAAGUAUUUUUUUAGUAGCUGAAUUUUUAAAAGAUACUGUAAAAUCAAGUAAAAAAAAAAAACAUGCUUCUACGAUUUAUGUAAUAGAUAAUGAGUUGAGCAUGUGUACACUUGUGACUUGCUUAUUAAAACAUUUUCUCAAAAAACUUAUUUAAGGGAACAUUUUUCGAUACAUACGAAAAAGUAGCCAUAAAAGUAUGACUUGUAUUAAAGCAUAUUCUGCGAAAAGAAAAAUUACGUGUAAGGAAAAGGUAUUGUAAUAUUUUUUUCCCCCUCUGUUUUCUGAAGACGGAUUUGAAGAGUGCAUUUUACUGCAAUCCUGUAAGAAGAAGUUACACAUGGAUGAAUUCAAGAUAAUAUGACUUUCCUAUACAGGACAUUUCCGUGCCAUACAUAAAAAUAUCAGUCAAUGGCCUUUUGAAAUAGGAUUUUGUCAAUGAUAAGAAUUACUUCUGGAAGAGGUUAGAACGUUUUAAAUGUUAUCUACAAGAGUGAGAUUUGGCUAAAUUUGACCUUUUUAGUACAUUUUUGGAUAUUUAAUGUCCAUGACUUUUAAUAUAAUGUCAAUAAUUUCCAUAGUGUGUUUUACGGGAGAUGAACUGUAUUUUCAAUAAAUUUAUACAAAGAUGUAUGAAAAAAUAUUGAAGAAUGAAUAUUUUUUACUAUAAAAUGUUA